AUGACAAAAACACAGAAAUUAGUCCUUGGAUCAUGGAAAUUUCAUUUCAUUGCAUUUAUCCUCCUCAUAGCCUUUGUGAUUGCUACUCUUUUUCUAACUCGGGAUAGUCGACGCUUCCUGGAACAGCAGACGACGCCUAAUGAUUCUACUCCGAGCUGUGAUUUGUUCUCAGGCAAAUGGGUUUAUGAUAACAUAUCUUACCCUCUGUACAAGGAGAAACAAUGUUCUUUCGCGGAGGACGCCUUCACGUGCGAGAAGUAUGGUAGGAAGGACUUAAAAUAUCAGAAAUGGCGCUGGCAGCCUCAUGAUUGUGACCUUCCAAGGUUCAAUGCAACUGCAUUGUUGGAGAAGUUGAAAGGGAAGAAGCUUUUGUUUGUAGGGGAUUCCUUGAAUCGAAAUCAAUUCAAUUCGAUGCUUUGCCUAAUUGAGCCAUCGAUCCCUCCAUCAACGUCUAAGUCCCUGAUCUGGAAAGGCAACUCCAUCAUCUUUGAGGCCACUGAGUACAAUGCCACGAUCGAAUUCCAUUGGUCCCCUUUGUUGGUUGAAUCUAAUUGCGAUGACUUAGUGAACCAUCGGGUACAAACUCGUAUAAUUAGAGUCAAGGCAAUUGAAAAGCAUGCUAGGCAAUGGACAGAUGCAGAUAUACUCAUAUUUGAUUCCUUUAUGUGGUGGUUGAAGCCAAAAAUGACACUUCUAUGGGGAUCAUUUGGAAGCCCCGAUGCAAUCUACAAAGAAGUCGGGAUGAGGCAUCGUCGCUUUGAAAUGGCUUUGAGCACAUGGGCAGAUUGGAUGGAAUUCCACAUUAACAGAAACAGAACAAAGUUGUUCUUCAUGGGCUCCUCACCUUUUCACUUUGUAGGUAAAGAUUGGGGCAUGGAUACAGGUCGAAAUUGCUAUAAUGAAACUGAGCCAAUUUUUGAUGAGGGAUAUUGGGGAAGUACGACGGAUCGUGGAAUGAUGCAGAUAGUGGAAUCAGCAAUAUAUGAGCUCGAAACAAGAGGUUUAAAGGUAGAUUACCUGAAUAUAACACAGUUAUCAGAUUACAGAAAAGAUGCUCACCCAUCUAUCUAUAGGAGGUAUUAUACGUCUUUAACCGAAGAACAAUCAGCAAAACCUGAGAGCCGUUCAGACUGUGUGCAUUGGUGUCUUCCAGGAGUGCCUGAUGUUUGGAAUGUCGAUCGACUGCUUAGGAUGAUGAUGGCGCAGAUGGCGUCUGCUGGGAUGAGACGAAGCAUCUUGAGAUAUAUGGCUCGAGGGGCUUCGCUGGCUGCACCUCCUAUUGUUCCCAGAUAUGGCCCAUUGGAGUGCAAUUUCUCCAGCACGGUUUUUAUCUGCGCAUCUCCUCCUUCAACUGCUGGAUGUCCCUGUCGGAGUUAUUCUUCCAGUCAUUCUUUCUCCUCUGGCAACGAAUAA